AGGGCGGAGGCUUGCUCGGCGUUUUCGCCGCGAGACCCGGUCCGGCCGGGCCGCACCCCCACUGGACGCCGUUAUAUACCCGCCCCUGCCUCCCCCUCGCCUGUUUCGUUGCCGCACACCUCCCUGCCGUGUAGUGCUCCUCCUUGCUCCCCUUCCCUCUUGCAGCCUCUUGCUUUUGCUGCUUUAUUGGCCGCGCGCGCGCGCGGCGACAGAGCUACACCUGAAUAUACACGUAGUAUAUACAGUAGCCGCCGGUGGAAUCCAGAGACGGUGUAGCCGGUAGGAAGGUAGAAGCUAGCUAGAGAUAGGAGAGGACUGAAGAAGAAGAAGAUAUAUAGCUACAUCGAGUCGAGCGACGAUGGUGCUCUACUUCAAGGCGCGUCCGGACGCCGGCGACUACACCAUCUACAUGGGCGCCGACAAGAACGAGAACGAGGAGCUCAUCAAGUACGGCCUCCCCGAGGACGUCUGGUUCCAUGUGGACAAGGUAUCCUCGGCACACGUCUAUCUGAGACUGAAGAAAGGCGAGACCAUAGAUACCAUCAGCGAGGGCCUCUUGGAGGACUGUGCGCAGCUCGUAAAGGCUCAUUCCAUUCAAGGGAACAAGAUGAACAACGUUGAGGUGAUCUACACGCCCUGGUCUAAUCUCAAGAAGUCCCCAUCCAUGGAUGUCGGCCAAGUUGGCUUCCACAACCCACGGAUGGUCCAUGUGCUUACAGUCGAGAAGCGUGUCAAUGAGAUCAUCAACAGGUUGAAUAAAACCCGGGUAGAACGCCGAGCAGACUUAAAAGCCGAGAAAGAGGCAUCAAAUGCAGCAGAAAAGGCCGAGAGGAAGAUGCAGCUGAAAGAGAAGAAACGGAAGGAGGAGAUUGAAAGGCUGGAGAAGGAGAAGUGGGCGGAGAUACGGAGCUACAAGGGCCUCAUGGUGGCCGAGAAGAUGACGUCCAACCGCCAGAUCGCCUCCGCCGGCAAGUCCAUGCAGGAAAUGGAGGAUGAGUUCGUCUGAAUAUUGUUAAUUACUGGUGUCUGUGUAUGUACGUGUUGCGUGUAGUGAUUAUGUACGUAUACGUAUGUCCAUUGCUCGCGUGAUCUCAAUGAGUCAUCAAAGUAACUAAUGAUCCGAUCGAACAUUCGACCCGUUCCUGAUC